UUAAAAACAUAAUGAAUGAAAAGCGAGAAAAAUACCAGUAUUUUUACAGCAAAGCUGAAGAUGCGGAAAGCCAAUUAUGGUUUUAAUUCACAAAUCCUGGUGCAGUUCGUGCAAAAUUUUAAAACCACAGUUUGCUGCAUCAAAAGAAAUCGAAGAACUGAGUAAAAACUUUGUUAUGGUCAACACAGAGGAUGAUGAAGAACCAAAAGAUAAAGCAUAUGCUGUUGAUGGUGCAUAUAUUCCUAGAAUUUAUUUCGUUGAACCUAGUGGUAAAGUGAUGGAUCAUAUAUGGAACAAAGGAACAUCCUUCCCCGACACCAAAUACUAUUAUGGAGAACCAAAAAACAUUGUACGCAGUAUGAAGGAAGUCAUGAAAGUAGGAUUUAGUUCCAACAAUCUUCACAGAGGACUUGGUGAAAAAUUUAACUGGUUCACAUUUAAAGACGGCGUAGAGGAAUCUAGAAAAAGUGGCAGACCAAUGAUGCUUAUCAUUCAUAAAACUUGGUGUGGUUCUUGUAAACAAUUAAAACCAAAGUUUGCUGCAUCUGAUGAAAUACUGAAUCUAAGCAAACAUUUUGUCAUGGUCAACACUGAGGAUGAUGAAGAACCGAAAGACAGUAAAUUUAUAAUCGACGGUGCUUAUAUUCCAAGAAUAUUGUUUGUCGAACCAAGUGGUCGUGUCAUGGACGAAGUAUGGAAUGAAGGAACAGCUUAUCCUCACGUGAAAUAUUACUAUGGAGAAGCAGAUGAGAUUGUUCGAAGUAUGAAGAUUGUUAUCGAAAAAGAGGAAAAAUCCACCAAAUUGCACAAUGGAUGGGGAGAGAAAAUAAAGUGGGAAAAUUUGGAUAGUGGAUUGGUUUUCUCGAAAAAAAGAAAUAUUCCGAUACUAUUGAUUAUUCACAAGUCUUGGUGUAAAGCUUGCAAAAUCCUAAAAUCCUAUUUUUCCAAGUCGAAGAAAAUUCUUGAACUUAGUUCCAAGUUUGUUAUGGUGAAUGUCGAGGAUGAUGAAGAAAUGUUGGGGGAUGAUUUUGAUGUUGAUGGUGCUUAUGUUCCACGCCUAUACUUCUUAGAUCCUCGGAACGGAAAAAUAAUGGAAGAGUUUUACAACGAAAGGCCUGAAUAUAAGGAUGACUUCAUUUAUUCAUAUGGAAAUGCUGAGCAAGUUGUUACAACCAUGAAAAACGUUUUGAAAAGACAAGAAACCGUUGAAAAUGAUCGAACAAAAGGUUUUGGAGGAAAGAUUGAAUGGACAUCGUUGAACGACAGUUAUGGCAUUGCUGAGGAAUUCAACAAGCCAAUCAUGAUGAUUUUCCAUCGAAGUUGGUGUCAGUUCAGCAGAGAUUUAAAGGAAGAAUUUGCAAUGUCUUUGAACAUUGCAGAAAUCAGCAAAUAUUUUGUCAUGGUCAAUCUUGAGGACGAUGAAAUUCCAAAUGAUGAGAAGUACAACAUAGAUGGAACGUACGUGCCAAGAAUUUUCUUUAUAGAUUCUCGAGGCAAUGUAGAUAUAGAGGUGAUCAAUGAGAACAGACGUGAUAAGAAAGCGAAAUAUUUUUAUCAACAUGGAAUAGACGUUGUUGCUUCUAUGAAAAAGGUCGUUAUUAAAUUGCCCGCACCUUCAUUGGAAAGAGGUUUUGGAAUGGAGUAUGAAUGGCUUAACAUGGAAAAUGCUCUUAGUGAAGCUUCAACUUCGCAAAAGCCAAUAUUUCUCAUAAUUCAUCAAUCGUCUUGUCCUGCGUGUGAAUACUUAAAAAAUAUCUUCAAUCAAUCAAAGGAGCUUCCUAUAUAUGCCCAGGAUUUUGUCAUGGUGAACCUACAGGAUGAAGAAGAACCAGAGGACGAUCAGUUUGAUGUUGAUGGAAGAUAUUUUCCAAGAUUAUUUAUUUUAGAUCCUACUGGAAAAGUUCAACAAGAUCUUCAUAAUAUGGAACCAGAUUAUAUUGAGUAUAAAUUUUCUUAUGGCAACGAGCUUUCAAUCAUACGUCUUAUGAACGAUGCACUGCUGCGAUUUGGUAAAGAAAAAUCGAUUAACAAUGGUUUUGGCAAAAACGUGAACUGGGUGAGCUAUAAAGAUGGAGUUGAUCUCUCAAAGAAAAGGGAUAUGCUAAUGUUGCUGAUCAUUCACAAGCCGUGGUGUAAAGCUUGCAAAGCAUUAAAAAAGAAAUUGUCCUCAUCAGAAAAGUUUGCAGAAUUGAGUGAAAAAUUCGUCAUGGUCAAUGUAGAGGGCGAAGAAGAAUACAUCGACGAGAAGUUUGAUAUCGAUGGAUCAUACAUACCACGGAUAUUUUUCAUCGAUCCAUCUGGUGAAAUCAGAACAGACAUUUACAACACGGAAAGCAUGUAUAAGGAACAUAAAUAUUACUAUUGGGAUGCCGUAACACUUAUUCAGUCGAUGGAAAAAGCACUGGACAAAUUCAAGAUGAAAUUGCAACGAGACGAACUUUAAUGAACAAGCCGUACAGUUCUUUACGGUUGCUUGUUCAGACGGACCGAUAAUUGUAUUGACAUUUAUAUUCGUUUAGAUAUUUAUAGUCGUGUGAACAGCCAUUUGUGUUAUCAAGUACAAUUAUCCAUAUA